AUGAGCUCCUUCGACCUUCCUUCACCCUCCUCCCCACGCUGCAGCCCCCAGUUCCCCAGCAUCGGCCAGGAGCCUCCUGAGAUGAAUCUUUACUAUGACAACUUCUUCCACCCACAGAAUGUGCCCAGCCCUCAGCGGCCCCCAUCCUUCGAAGGGGGCGGCGAGUACGGGGCCACCCCCAACCCCUACCUGUGGCUCAACGGACCUGCAAUGACACCGCCGCCCUACCUGCCUGGCCCCAACGGCAGCCCCUUCCUGCCUCAGGCCUACGGCAUGCAGAGGCCGCUGCUGCCCAGCAUGGCCGGCCUGGGGGGCAGCGACCUGGGCUGGCUGCCCCUCCCCUCGCAGGAGGAGCUGAUGAAGCUGGUGCGGCCCCCCUACUCUUACUCAGCUCUCAUUGCCAUGGCCAUCCACGGGGCACCCGACAAACGCCUCACCCUCAGCCAGAUCUACCAGUACGUGGCUGACAACUUCCCCUUCUACAACAAGAGCAAGGCCGGCUGGCAGAACUCCAUCCGCCACAAUCUGUCACUCAACGACUGUUUCAAGAAAGUGCCCCGCGACGAAGACGACCCGGGCAAAGGGAAUUACUGGACGUUGGACCCCAACUGUGAGAAGAUGUUUGACAAUGGAAAUUUCCGCAGGAAGAGGAAGAGAAAAUCGGAUGUUUCCUCCAGCACAGGCUCCUUGGCCUCAGAGAAAACUGAGAACAGUCUCUUGGCGGGCAGCCCCAAGACCAUGGAGCCCCAGGAAAUCUUGGACAGCACCUCACCAAGCACCACCAGCUCCCCGGAGAAGCGGUCUUCCCCUCCCCAAUCGGGCACCCCAUGCCUCAAUAACUUCCUCUCCACCAUGACAGCCUACGUGAAUGGGUCAAGCCCCAUGAGCCGCUCUGCGACAUCGCCAGGACUGAGCACUGAGCCCACCGACAAGAUGGGGCAGAACUUGCUGAGCUUCAACUCCUACACCCCACUCACCAACCUCAGCAGCCAUGGGGGUGGGGGCGAAUGGGCCAACCCCAUGCCCACCAAUGCUCUUAGCUAUGGAGGCUCUGUCCUCAACCAGUUCAACCCUCACUUCUACAACAGCCUCAACACCAACAGCGUCCUCUACCCCAGGGAGGGCACUGAGGUCUAG